AUGAACGCAGCGCGCAACCUGCUCGUUGUCGGCGGCAACGGCUUCAUCGGUUCCGCAGUCUGCAAGGCUGCCUUGGCCCGCGGCUUUCAAGUAACGAGUGUCAGCUCGUCUGGUCGGCCGUUUCGGACACCCAAGGGACAUACGCCUGCAUGGACAGCCAAGGUAAACUGGCAGACAGGCGAUGCCCGCCGACCGGAGACGUUUGCGCACCUCCUACCGACCGCAAGCGCAGUCGUACACACUCUCGGAACACUGCUCGAAGACACAUCGUACAAGUCCGCUCUGCAAUCAGGCAACGCUUUCGGUGCUCUCGGCAGCUUCUUGAAGUCCGUCGGGCCUGGCGCAUGGAAUCCGCUCACAGCAGGCGGACCGGGAAGCUAUGAAGAGCUGAACCGAGAUUGCGCUGUCAGUGUUGCACAGGCGUUCUUGGAGACGAAACCGGAAGUUGAGGGAGGCGCCGCGCGAGCCUUUGUGUAUCUCUCGGCGGAGGACAUAUUCAGGCCUUGGAUUCCUGCGCGGUACAUCGAGACGAAGCGUGAGGCGGAGGUUGCGCUUGAGGGCAUGUUUGCGCCGAGAGCGGAUGUGAGGGGAGUGUACAUCCGACCAAGUCUCGUAUAUCACCCACACUUCAGGCCAAUAACCUCGCCUGUAGCAGCAGCGCUGGACCUCUCCGCUGUCGUGCACGAGAAAGUCUCGUCCGUACUCCCGACGCCCUCCGGUGUACUCCGUGCUCUCUCACCGCAUCUUCCCGGUGAUGGAGCAGCCGAGAGCGUAGCGAACGCCUUGACGCUUCCGCCUAUUCACGUCGACCACGUUGCAGAGGCAUGCUGCGUAGCAGCGGAUCCCGCACGAGUGGACGUGAGGGGCGCAUACGGCGUGCGCGCUAUGCGUGAACUCAUUGGAUGGGCGCACAAAGGACAAGAGAAUGCCGUACACAGCCACAGUCACUAG